CUGGCGACGCCACGCAACGAAACUACAAUUGCGUGAUGACGUCUCUCUUUCCUCCUUUCCUCCACCAUCGGCGAGAAUGAAGACCAUUCUCAGCAACCAGACUGUCGACAUUCCCGACAAUGUCGAGAUUAAGCUGAAGGGCCGGACGGUCAUCGUCAAAGGACCCCGGGGCACACUCCGCAGGGAGUUCAACCACAUCAACCUGGAGCUCAGCCUCCUGGGAAAGAAAAACAAGAAGCUUCGCGUGGAUAAAUGGUGGGGAAACAGAAAGGAGUUGGCCACGGUCCGCACCAUCUGCAGUCACGUCCAGAACAUGGUCAAGGGUGUAACCAUGGGCUUCAGGUACAAGAUGCGCUCUGUGUACGCCCAUUUCCCCAUCAAUGUGGUCAUCCAGGAGGGAGGCGCGUUGGUCGAGAUCAGGAACUUCCUGGGAGAGAAGUACAUCCGCCGGGUUCGCAUGAGAGCUGGUGUGGGAUGUGCUCUGUCGACGGCCCAGAAGGACGAGUUGGUGCUGGAGGGCAAUGAUGUGGAGCUUGUGUCCAACUCAGCGGCUCUGAUUCAGCAGGCCACCACAGUCAAAAAUAAGGAUAUCAGAAAGUUCUUGGAUGGUAUUUAUGUUUCUGAGAAAGGAACAGUAUUGGAACGUCAGGAUUGAAGGCAGAAACAACUAGAGCUGCCUUGAUCCAGCAGGCCACCACCGUCAAGAAGAAGGACAUCAGGAAGUUUCUGGACGGAAUCUACGUCAGCGAAAAGACAACGGUGGUCCCACAAGAGAAUAAUUAAAUCUAUUCCUUGACAAAUAAAACUUCCCCACUUUUCCAAACAAA